ACUUGCAGAAAAGAAAUAAAAAAUAAAAAGGGCCGCAGAGCGGGGAAAAAAACCGAACACUCACACAGAACAACACGCCCUCCACCCGGCGACACCGCCACCGCGCCCACCCCAAAUCUCAGAUCAGAACGCCCGGAGAUCUGCCAUUUCCGGCGGAGGGAUCGGCCUCCGCGCCGCUCCAUUCCUGCAGUUAAAUCUUGGACUCCCGGUGGAUGGCGUUUGUGCUCCAGAGACUGUAGCUCCCCGAGUACCGAGUUGAACUUGUGGAGGUGCAGGGAUGGGUUCGCCAAGGAAAUCCGACAAGAAGGCUGUCCUGGACUUGGCAGCAUGGAGUUUCAAUAUUACCUCGUCUGUUGGGAUCAUCAUGGUCAACAAAGCACUGAUGGCUACACAUGGAUUCAGUUUCGCCACAACAUUAACUGGCCUUCAUUUUGUGACAACCACCUUGAUGACUAUCGUAUUCCGCUGGUUAGGCCUGAGCCAGCCCUCUCACUUACCACUUCCAGAUCUGAUUAAGUUUGUCAUCUUCUCAAACUUGUCGAUCGUUGGCAUGAACGUGAGCUUGAUGUGGAACUCUGUGGGGUUUUAUCAGAUAGCAAAGCUAUGCAUGAUACCUGCGUCAUGCCUUCUGGAGGUUGUCUUUGAUCGUGUACAUUAUUCAAGGGACACAAAGCUGAGCAUAAUGGUUGUACUCGUAGGCGUUGCAGUUUGCACAGUUACUGAUGUCAGUGUGAAUGCAAAGGGCAUGCUUGCAGCUGUCAUAGCUGUUUGGAGCACAGCUUUCCAACAAUAUUAUGUUCAUUACCUCCAACGGAAGUACUCUCUGAACUCAUUCAAUCUCCUGGGCCACACUGCUCCAGCCCAAGCAGGUUCUCUCCUGUUAGUGGGGCCCUUUGUGGAUUACUUGCUGACUGGCAAAAGGGUGGAUCACUUCAAUUUCACAUCGCUUUCUCUGUUCUUCCUCGUACUCUCAUGCUUCAUUGCCAUCGGCGUCAAUCUGAGCCAAUUCAUCUGCAUCGGCCGGUUCUCCGCUGUAUCUUUUCAAGUCCUAGGCCACAUGAAGACUGUGCUGGUCUUGUUCCUCGGGUUUCUCUUCUUUGGCAAGGAGGGCCUUAACCUUCAUGUUGUCCUCGGGAUGCUUCUUGCUGUUCUUGGAAUGAUGUGGUAUGGAAACGCAUCGGCGAAACCCGGGGGCAAGGAGCGUCGGAGCGUUCUCCCAGUGAGGUCUGAGAGGCACAAUGGAGCUUCGGAAGAGAAGGAUGGUAGUGAGAAAUGAUUUUUGCGAUCUGCAACUGCAGGGCGCGCAUAUUUUUUUCCCCUUAGAGGUUUCUGGUGACACAAAUACAACGGAAGAAGAAACUCUGGCAUUGUUCUUGAUAGAGGUUACUACAGCAGCUGAACCUUACCCCACCUAAGAGCACGGCAAUCGGCAUUGUUCUUAUAGGUUACACACAUUAUCGUCAUAUUUUUCGGUCUCUGAUACGUUUGUAGUCAGUAGAUGUUUUACAAGGUUUGGGUAUAGUAUAAUCAUCCUUUAGAAGUAAGUCAGUAUGUGAAGUUGUGGAAUUGUGGUGAAGUUGUUUUGGCCUUAUGGAAGUAUUCUGGACUACACAUUAGAAUCGUUUCAGAAACAUCAGUGUUGAAUGGAAUUUUCAUCAGGUUUUUACA